CUGCAGACCUCCAUUCCCACGUUGACGUGUGUCUGUGUGUCUCGUCAUUCCUUGUCACCCCCUGCUUCCUGGAUUGCCUCUUGGAUCUCGACCUCCCGCUUGGACACGGACCUCUGACGCAUUGCUAUUUGCCCUGACUCCCUGCCCGCUCACGGUCAUACGAGCCUGCCCAGCCCCUCUUGGACUUGCGUCUCGUUCAACACUACCGCCCAGCAUGAUAAAAGAUCGUCAACUCCACCUACGUUCCACUUGCUGAUUGGCGUUGCGCAUGUAUCCAGCUAUUAUUUAUUGCACCCAAAUCAGUGACGCCCCGUUUAUCCAGAGCAGCUCCCUCCACUCUGCCCCUGACCGCGCCAACUCACCAUCGUCUGUACGCACAAUAGGUGUUGCUGAUAAAAUGAGAGGUUUGAUAUUAAUGUCCCUUCUUCUCAUCGUCGAACUCCGAUUCAGUCUGUCCAGAUGCGAGGAGCCAGAGUCAGGCAAACUAACUCCACUUCAACGUCUGGGUUUGAGUAACCCCAAACGGAACCUCUUUAAGAGAUACAGCGAUUUGGAUUAUGACAGUUUUGUGGGUUUGAUGGGCAGAAGAGAUGCUGCCGAUACAAAUGCCGUGGAGCCCCCACAAAAAAGGGAAAUGCAUGACAUUUUUGUUGGAUUAAUGGGAAGGAGAAAUUCUGAGCCUGAUAACGGUCCCUGGAGAAGAGAAUACCCUGAGAGGAGAGGGGUUUUUGUGAACAAGUGUAGGCUGAGGUUUCUCCAGGGGCUGUGACAUAAAACAAAGCAACACAAUCAACACAAGGACAUAACACAGGACAUAAAUCAUAUCUCAACCUCCUAAGUGGCCAAUGAAAGAACCUAACAGCUCAUCCACUCAACUCAUACUAUGACUUCAUUCUUUUUCUUUAAAUGUUCAAAAUAAACAUACUUUUAUACAUAAA